AUGGAGAAGGUCCCACAAGUGCAAGCCCUUCUGAAGCAAUUUCCUUGGGGUCGCAUCGAGACGGAUGGCACCUUUGCCGAACCUGUCGUGCGCGCCUAUUACAAUGUCUUGGGUGCAGAGGGCUUCGGCUACUGGAGCAUUCCUGGAGGCUCCAACCCACAUGUUAAACAUGCAAGUGAUCCGUCCAGUCCAUCUGGAGCGCUUCGCGUCGACGAUACAAAGGGAUUUGAACACGGCUACAUGCUGCUUUCAGAUAAACUGUUGACAGAUGAGACUGGGUGGAAGCUAGAGAAGCGUUUAAUCCCCCGAUUGAUUUUUGAGCUUGGCACGGAGCCUGAGCUUGCUUCCAAGGUGGACAUCGUGGACUGGGACUCAUGGUACAAGUGGCGCAAUCUUCCCAAGGAAUCGCCAGCUGCCUUAUUGUUGCAUUACCCUCUCACCGUAUACCAGCUUUUGGUGAACGUGCUCCAGGUUACAGGGCCAAAAAGAAAUUCUUUGGAGAGUCGUCAGGCGCUGAACGUACAUUAUAUCGGCGCCGAAGUUGAACUGAAUAUGCUUCCCCUAUUCUCUGAAUUAGCGUUGCUACUUCCUCACACAGAUAUCAAGAUGACUUUCUUCGGCAUCGCAGUCCACUCUAUCGUUAAUAAGGCAAAGAAGAAUAGCAUCGCUAUGAAGGCAAAACAGAAUGAGCCAGUCUAUACCUACACCAGUCCUACAUCUUGCGGAGCCAGCACCCUGUCCAUUUUUCUUCAUGGAGAUCAUGAAAAUUGGGACCUGCGACUCCCCUUCCUCUCAGGAAACAAACCGGACGCUAUCGUCGCUAUCCCGCGUGGCAGUUCGUCAUCUUGUGUUGUCACUUCUGACAAUAUGCCUUUUGCCGUCACCGAAUAUGCAGAACAAUCCACUGAACUUCAAAGAGAUGCUCUUCCUCAGAUCGUUGCCCAUGCCCUCCCUCACUUACACUCAGCAGGCAUGAAUGGCCUGGAGCUUCACAAUCUCACGCGGCCCAGAGAAUACCCCAUCGCAUUUAAUCCGUUUCAGCGCCCUGGACAGAGAAACUUGGGCUCGGUGCGGUUGCCGAACGUGCCGAACGGUUUUACGAUGAGAGUGGUCGGUAACGACGAGCAGGAGAUAUUCCACCCCGUAUCCGCUGGUGUCCCUGUACCGGCUUCAGACUUGAGUGAGCUGCUCCAGAAAACGGAGCAGUUUUCGCUGAACAGUCUGGACUGA